GUGCUUACAUGCUGAUGCACGUUCUUCCUCACCACAAGAUGCAUAGAAAGACAAUGCAUGGCUCGCUCGAAAUACCCAGACAGCCGCCAUGAUCUUCCGAAGUGGCUGGCCGCGAUUGGCUGGCUGGCGCGCUGGAAACGAUGAUGCACGACGACACCAUGCCGCGAGGCUGUCGUCCAGCUGAGCUGUAAGAGUACAACCUCGACCUACCCUGUACUCCCAACUCAACAAAUAUUCUCUCAGAUCCUGUCUAAGUAAUGCGCCUAUUACAAUACAACAACGAUGGCGAGCUCAGCCUGACCAAGGACUUUAUUGGCGACGAGAUUCCCAAAUAUACUGUCCUUUCACACACAUGGGGGGCGGAUACAGAAGAGGUCACAUAUAGAGACCUGAUAAAUAGCACUGGGAAGAGCAAGGUUGGAUACGAGAAGAUUCGGUUUUGCGGAGGGCAAGCCAGACGUGAUGACUUGCACAACUUCUGGGUAGAUACUUGCUGUAUCAACAAAUCGAGCGACAGGGAGCUUUCGGAAGCUAUUAACUCCAUGUUUCGCUGGUAUCGCAAAGCGGCCAAAUGCUACGUAUAUCUGACAGAUGUUUCGACAAAUGAUCAAAUCGACCUGUCCUUACAGCCGUGGGAGGCAGCUUUUGGGAACAGUCGAUGGUUUACCCGUGGUUGGACACUUCAAGAGCUUAUCGCGCCGCUAUCGGUCGAGUUCUUUUACUCGAACGGCAAUCGACUCGGUGACAAGAAAUCAUUAGAGGGGCAGCUUCACAAGAUAACGGGGAUUCCAGUUUCCGCUCUUCAAAGCAGCCCUCUUUCUGAGUUCAGCUUCGACGAGCGAAUAUCAUAGCAUCUACACAUAAUGACAACUCGAUCAAUAAUUUACCCUACGCUCCAGAGGCGCCAUUU